UGUGAUAUAAAUCUGGCAACCCGCAAUAGUUUUAAAGGCUAGGCUCGCGCUCUAGGAGGAUUUGAGGCAACGUUACAUUUUUUAUAUUCGUUCGAUUAUUUGUGGUGUGUUUAUACCCCUGUGUCUCAGUGCAUCCAUGCUGUGCCUGACUGCAGGACGGCUGAGGACGCUGUUGUCCAGAAGGGCAGCGGCUGCUCUCAGCACCACUAGUACCAGGAUGGCCAGUCAUGGCCAGGUGUCACAGCAGACUGACAUGUCUCUACCCUUAUACUACGAUCGUCUGGACUCUCCGCUACCAGACAGACCGUACAACAAUACCCUUACUACUACCGAGAAGAGUUUGAAACAGAAGGAGAAAGGACCAUGGAACAACCUUACAAAUGAGGAGAAAGUUGCCUUGUACCGGAUUAUGUUUAAAGAAACUUAUGCAGAGAUGAAGAAGCCCACCAGUGAGUGGAAGACCGUGCUGGGUGGAAUCUUCUUCUUCAUGGGUUUAACUGGCCUGGUGGUGCUCUGGCAGCGCAUCUAUGUGUAUCCUGAUCCUCCUCACACUUUUGAUGAAGAAUGGGAAGCUAAGCAGGUGAAGAGGAUGUUGGACAUGCGAGUGAACCCAGUGCAAGGUUUCUCUGCUAAAUGGGACUAUGAGAAGGGCCAGUGGAAAUAAAUUUAAAGAGUCGUUCCAACAGCCUCUUCUGUUAAAACCAAGGUGUCUGUCUUCAACUGUCCAUGAAAAUAUCUAAAGAAAAAUAUACUGAAUUAAAUUCUCUCAAACUCUUGAGAGGUGAUGCUCUGACCCAAUUUUUCUGCCAUUAAUUGUUGGAGUAUUCAAUAAACUCUUGAUAUGGAAUAAA